GUUGUAGUUUCUCCGCUCCCCUGCAUUUGUUCCUCUCCUGGCCGACACGUCGGGACCGCACGGAGCAGCCGAUCAGCUGGCUUACUUCCUGUCCAGAUGGGUUUACAUGAACGGAGCUACACGUUUGUGACACCACACACGAGAUUAAGCAUCGGUCAUCCCUUCAUUUGGAAGUCUUAAGUUACACUACCUGGACACCUGAACGUUUUCCUGUUUCUUUUCCACCUGGAAGCACAGUAUAUAUAAAAAAAAAAGAAGGAAAUAAUAUAUAGAACGAUAUACAUAUAAACUGAAACCCAAAAAUGACUUCAGAACUUGAGAGCAGCCUCACCUCUAUGGACUGGCUUCCCCAGCUGACAGUAAGAGCUGCCAUUCAAAAUGCUGACUCCAACCAGAACACCCACGGAUCUGGGAUCUCCAAGAAGAGCGCCCUCAUCGACCCCAACACAACACUGGACCAGGAGGAAGUACAGCAGCACAAAGACGGCAAGCCCCCCUAUAGUUACGCCAGUCUCAUUACCUUUGCUAUCAACAGCUCACCAAAAAAGAAAAUGACUCUUAGUGAGAUUUACCAGUGGAUCUGUGAUAAUUUCCCCUACUAUAAGGAGGCUGGAAGUGGCUGGAAGAAUUCUAUACGACACAACCUGUCAUUGAAUAAGUGCUUUCUGAAAGUGCCUCGGUCCAAGGAUGACCCUGGAAAGGGUUCCUAUUGGGCAAUAGACACAAAUCCAAAGGAGGAUGCGCUGCCAGCACGGCCAAAAAAGAGGCCGCGAUCUGGAGAGCGGGCCUCUACACCAUACAGUAUAGAUUCCGACUCCUUGGGAAUGGAUUGUAUAAUCUCUGGAAGUGCCUCUCCAAGCCUGGCUAUCAACACUGUGACUAACAAGGUAACUUUAUACAACACAAGUCAGGAUGGCAAUGACAGUCCUCGAAGUAGCCUUAACAACAGCCUUUCUGACCAGAGUGUGUCAUCCUUAAACUUGAACAGUGUUGGCAGUGUGCACAGCUAUACCCCAGUACCGAGCCAUCCCGAGCAACCCGCUCCAACAUUAACGCAGCAGUCACAGUACAACACCCCGGAGCGAGAAAAACUGUUCUCUGAAUAUAACUUUGAAGAUCUCAGUGAUUCAUUUCGAAGCCUAUACAAGAAUGUAUUUGCUCAGUCAAUAAGUCAAGGACUGAUGAAUCUCCAGUCAGAAUCCUCCCAGCAGACACAUUCACCCUGCUCUUAUCAGCACUCCCCUAGUAGCACAAUGAGUUCUCAGCAGCACGGUAGCCAAAAUAACCUGACAAAUAGCCAUGCAAGUAAUCUUGGCACAACUGUGGGUGACUCUAUGGGACAAGUGCACAUGUCCCACGCUCCCAUCCACACACAGCAGUCCCAGCAGUCACCACACAUACAUCACACUGUAGUACAUCAUCAGCACCCCAACCAGCACACAUCUCACUGUCACCAACCGCAGCACCCCCAGCAACGCGCUGCUCACCCUGCCCAGCAUUCACCGCACCAUGCGCAGCACACCGCUCAGCACUCUGCCCAACACCAGCAUAUACAGCACCACCCGAAUCAUCAGCACCAACCUCUUGCACAUCAGACCUCUCUAACCCAGCAGCAGCUACCUUGUAAUUCAGACUGGUACUCAACUCUAGACAUGCUCAAAGAAAGCUGCCGCAUUGCCAGCAGUGCCAACUGGUCAGAGGUGGAUCUCUCCCAGUUUCAAGGUUUAAUGGAAAGUAUGAGACAAGCGGAUCUUAAGAACUGGUCGCUGGAUCAGGGUCAGCUUGCAGACCUGUGUUCCUCGCUCAGUGAAUUCUUCAAUCACACCGGGUUCAUCCAUCCACAGAGCAAUGUCCCGUCACCUGUAUGUCAUGGUAACAUGCAUAAUACAAAACCCACACAGCACCUUGGGACAGGAAAUAUUUAUCUGGACUCCAGGCAAAAUAUUCCUACUUCAAUGAUGGGACCCCCAGGUUAUACUCAUUUGCCCCCUAUGAGCACUACAGCAUCCGGCUUGUCAGGGCACCACGGAGUAAUGAACCAGCCUCACAUGAUGCCGUCCUCAAAUUUUCACAUACGUCGCCCCCUUCCUGCAGAUGACAUCCAAGAUGAUUUUGACUGGGACUCUAUUGUAUAGCGCCAUUACAGACACAUAGCUCUACUGUCUUGUUACCCCACGUGUUGUUGGUAUAAGUGACCAUGAAUGUGAUGUGAAAGAAAAGAGGAAGGUAAAGAUAUCCAAGUGCGGAGCAAAGCACAAAGAACGGCUGCCACUGAUGACAAUCAACCCUCUGCGUAGCAGGAGAAAUGAUAUUGAUGCUUAUGAGUUGACCUGUAAUUCAGUGCUCUGCUGCCUGCCGCUCACGGGCUGUUCUCAGAAUACAACCUCCAGUAUCUCCUGCUGGGGCAUGCUUGCAGUUGUAGUUUUCCGGCAGGUCGCAGAGCACCCCUGUGGAUCAUGUUGGUCUCCCUGACAAGCUGGAGCCGCUCCGAUUUUUCCGUGAUUCUCGACAGCUUAUUCUGCUUUCUGAAAUCUGGCCGAAUCUCCCUGAGCACUGUCACUUAUCUACGUGCAUUUCAUUAUCCCUACCCGGACAGGUGGCAUUUUUUUGGGACGCUCUCAGUCCAUUUUGUGUCUAUUUAUAUGAGCUAGGUGUAGCGCCAUUGUGUUGCUCUUCUGUUUAGUUAUGUGAUUCUCGAAGGAAUUUUUAUUGUUACACUGCCAUAUAACAAAGCAACCGCCAUCCGAUGACACUGUGACAGUGAUUGGCAGAAUGUCAUUAUUGAGAUGUCUUAUAUGUGAGGGGACGUUAAAUACAUCUGUAUGUGACACACUGCAUAGGGGCUCUCCAUUCCUUUUGUUACAAUACAAGUUUUCAAAGAAGAUUGCCCCUCACUCGCCAAGCGCUGUGUCCUCUUCGUACAGCUGAUCGGUGGGGGUGCCAGGAGUCGCACCCCCACUGAUCAGAUAUUGAUGACCUAUCCUGAGGACGGGCCAUCAAUAUCAAAAUCCCAGAGAACCCCUUUAAGGAGCAGCUGACAGAAUAUCUCCUUGCAGUGGGAUGAACCCCUGCUAGACUGUUCUUUUGUGGUUCCAUUCAAAGCUUCAUAGAUUUCUGUUGCGUUCUGUCCAUUAUCAUCGGUUUGGUUUCUCCUUCUCCUCUUAACCCCAGACUGGACCGUUACCAUCCACUUUUAGUCCUCUUUCACACAAACUAGUUUUCCAUCCGGGGGCGAUCCGUGAAGUAAACGCAUAGCAUCCGGACCCAUUCAUUUCAAUGGGUCUGUGCACAUGAUCAGUUUUUUGGCGUUCAGUAAAAAUUGCAGCAUGUUCUAUAUUCAGCGUUUUUUAUGCAGCCCUGGCUCCAUAGAAGUGAAUGGGGCUUCAGUGAAAAACUAUAGGCAUCCGGAUGCAAUGUAUUUUCACUGAUGUUUGCUAGAAGAUGUAGUUUGUAAUUCUUCAUAUUUUUUUAUUUUUUUUUUCACUCGUGCAAAAAAACGCAUGAAGAACUGAACUGAAUGCAAUUGCAGACAUAAAGUAAACUUGUUUGCGAAACAAUCCGUUUUUUCCUGAAUAGAUCCUGACAAUCCGUAUCGCUUGUGUGAAAGAGGCCUAAAUUAGAUUACCGAAUCAAUGACUUGGAGUGGAUUGGGGGACUUGUUUUCACAUUUGUAUGUCCACGUGGUGUGAAAAUCGCUGCACUGUGUCACUUACUGAAGUGUUCUCACCUUUUACUGCUUACGGUCAGGGGUAGUUGCUGUAGAACUACAUGUCCCAGCAUGUGUGCCGUCUUCUUCUAAGAACACAAUCUUUGCUCCUGUCUUCAUGGUAAAUGGGAUUUUGUGCAAAGGAACCUUGGAUUUUAGUGCCUACUAGUGGUUCCAAACUGUGGCUGUCAGGACAUGCUGGAAGUUGUAGUACUUCAGCAGCUGGCAACCACUUCUGAUUAUCUGCCAUUCAGUACAUUUAUUAGUGCGUUGGAGUGAAAUUCGACAUCUGUGGCCACCUUCACCUUGAUGGGUAGCUGUCACCAAGAAAUUAACGUGCAUAAAAUGUAAGUACGCUGGGACGUAUUCAUAAAAAGCGGUUCAAAGUCGUGGCAGAGACUGUAGCAACCAAUGAGAUUCCAGCUGUCCGAUAAAAAUGUGGUGAUCUGAUUGAUUGCCAUGGGGAAAAUACUCUCUUUUAAAGGCACGGUCCAGGAUUCCAAAUAUAGCGCCACGCCUGUCCGUGUUCAUUUACAUCAAUGACGCUGAGCUGCAAUACCAGGCACUACCCAUGUACAGGGGUGACGCUGCUCUGGGACAAGAUGCAGUAGUACUACAAAUCCCAGCAUCCACUGUUAGUAAAGAAAGCUGCUACCAUUUCUUGUAGGGUAUGCUGGAUGAGUGACACGUAGUCACGGCUCCAUACUGCCUGUACUAUAGGCUCCUCCGUCUCCGAUCACUCAGUGCUUCUGUGUUGUCGUUUCUUUGUUCAUACGUGUGCAAUAUCGCCAUUGCAAUAUCAUUAUGUUUACAUUUUUAGAGCAUAUUCCCUAGUCGUCGAAUCAAGACUUUUAGACCAUCGUAUAAAUUAUUCUCUUAUAAAUAUAGGACAGCCGGGGCACGGGACAAUUUAUCCAUAUGCCGGCCUUGUAAACCCCCAGCAACCAAUCACAGCACAGAGCAGUGUACGAAAUGAAAGCCGAGCUCUGAUUGGUUGCAAAGGGCACCGAUGCCAGGCAGUCUGGAUCAGCAGAUGCGUGCCUAUGGCGCUAUAGGUGCCAUCACCUGCCCAUGUUAUUUUAGGACAGAGAUAUAUGUGUAAAUACGUAAUUUUAUGUAACAGUAGGAAAUAAUGAUGAUAUCAUGCAGUUUGCACAGCAGGAUUAAAAAAUAAAAACUGUUCAAGGUAUGCAGCCCCAGACCAUGGACUGAAAACUUGUAGUUUGCAAGAGCCUUAAAGGGGUUCUCCAGAAUUAGAAAAGCAUGGCUGCUUUCUUCCAGAAACAGCACCACACCUGUCCACUGGUUUUGCAUGGUAUUGCAUAUCAGCCCCAAUCACUUAAAGUGGAACUUUACUACCAGCCACAACCCAUGGACAGGUGUGGCGCUGUUUCCGGAAGAAAGCGGUUAUGUUUUUCUAGAUUAGUGUGAUUUAUUGCUUUAUGUAAAUCAUUUUAUUUUAAAGGGAGCUCGUUACCUCCAUUAGACUAGAGCUGGCAUGCUCAACUUGUGGCCCUCCAGCUGUUGUAAAAUUACAACUCCCACAAUGCCCUGCUGUAGGCGGUUCGGGCAUGCUGGGAGUUGUAGUUUUGCAACAGCUGGAGGGCCACAGGUUGAGCAUGCCUGGACUAGGGCAUCUGCACAAUAAACAACCAUAGCUGAGGUAGUCGGUGCCAGGGUAAUCACUAAAUGACCCUAAAGUGUCAAUUAAAUGGGUUUUCCCCUCUAUUAAAGGGGAUGGCCUAGCGCCAACACUGCCUGAUCGGUGGACGUUUGACUGCCAUGAUCUCCAUCUAUUACCUGUAAUGCCACCCAAGGGGACCAUGCUCAGACCCCCACCAAUCUAGUGAUAUCACAUACCCAAAAGAUGGGUACGCUUCCUUGAUGGGCCAGCACCACUCUCUUUCCAGGAAUAUUUUUAUAUAUGGUUUUUAGGAUUCAUGGUUGUAGAUGUCCUUGUACCUCUCUGCUCUGUUCGCCAGAUGAGAGGACUCCUAGAAGGUGAUUUUCCACCUUAGCAGGGCCGUCUGAUGGGCACUUCUGUCUACUGCAGGCAUCAGAUUAAGGAUGCCUUAAAGGGAAGGUGGCAUUUCUUAAACACUGGCUACCUUUAAAAGGCUUUACAGGGUUAGCAAAACAAGAAAUGUAAACUAGAUACCCACGCCAUAUACUCUUGUAGGGUAAGAUUGGGUACAGUAUACAGUAAAUCUACUGUAGGGGGAGGCAUUAUAUAAUCCUGGAUCAGUCCGGGGGGUUCUUCCGUCAGUGAGUGGGCUUUGUGAUUUGUGGCCAUUGAUCGGUGUUGUGAUUCCCACCUCCCCAAUACCACACCGAGAGGUUUAUGCAUUUGUGUGGUUUUAUGCAUUUUAGAUAAGCCUCGAGACAUCCCCCAACAGAACAGUCCUAGAGAGGCAAGACUAGUACUCCACCAUAGUAUUUAGUUUUCCAGGUAUGUAUAAUAUCAAAAUGAUUACAUCCAGUAACAGUUCCACUCUAGUCCUUAGGCUGUGUCUGGUACUGCACCUCCCUCGCUUGAAUAGGGCUGACCUGCAAUACCAAAGAGAACCUGUGGACUGGUGUGGCGUCUGUUCUGCAAAAAAAAGUGACACUUUAUUUUUUCUAAUCCUGGACAGGCCCUUUCAGUUUCUUUAUUUCUAUUAAUAAAUUUUAUUUUACAGGAGCGCAAAUGUUAAAUAAAAAAUACAUAUACGUGAGAGUGUGCUGUGCGGGUGGCGUAUCACGUGACCCCUCCUCAUCCACUCUGAAAACAAUCAUGUGACAGCCUGCAGACCCAGGAGGAAUGGAGCGUGUCACAUGAUCAUUUUUUUGGAGCUGCUGAGUGACAUCAAGUGAUACACCAUGUGACUCCUCGGAACCAAUACUGAUAUUUCAGCCCCUGUUUAGUGUAUGUGAUUACACUAGUGUAACUCUAGAAAGACAUCACACUGAUGUCAUAGUGACAAGUUAGGCUUAAUAGCGGGUUAUAUCACAUAAGACAAUAUUUCUCAAUUGGCUUUUUUUUUUUUUUUUUUUAAUUAAUUCUCCUAUGUCUAGACAUUGCUGUUACAUAGUAGUCAUGGCGCUUCCUGGUGUUCAUCUGAUUCUCUUGCCCAACGUUCACCUAAUAUGUCCAGUGUCAGUGGUCACACAUGCUCAGUCCCUCUGCUCAGAUCCUCCUGUACCCAAGCAGAGGAGUGAUCCUUUCUUUUGUGUAGAAGUGCCUUCAUCUCACCAGCACAGGAUGCAUUGGGCACAGGUUUUGAAAAGGGAAUCAAAGCAACACAAGGGGGCACCAUAAUAAAUAUGCAAUGGCAAUAUCUAUACACAGGAGCAUUUAAUAAAAAUUAUUCCCAUUGAAAAAUGUUUGAGUGCUCUAACCUAGAAAUGGAAAUGAUGGGACUAAUGCUACAUCUCUUAAAGCUGAGCUUCCACUGUGGUUGCUUUUUGUCAUAUGAACAGCACGUCACUACUACCAGGGCUACACUCCUCUCUAGCUGCUUUACUGCAGUGUAGGAAAGUAAGGUUUAUCCCCCACCCCCUCACACUAUAUAUACCUGUAGACAGUAUAUACCCCGUUAAAGGUGUUGUCCAGGAUCGGAGAAAUAUGGCUGCUUUUUUUUUUUUUUUUUAAAACAGCACCACACCUGUCCACAGGUUGUGUGUGAUAUUGCUGAGCGGUAAUAUCCAUGGACAGGUGUGGUGCUGUUUUUGAAAGAAUGCUGCCAUUUUGUAAACCUGGACCACCCCUUUAAGUCCCUGUUAUGCUCCAACAGCAAAUGAGGCCUUUUAGUUUUUCCACGUUCUAAGGCGCCAUCUCUGUCUCUGCUACACCUGUCACCCCCUUCCUCUGUCAUUGUAUAAGAAGUGAGAGCUGUUCCAGCCAAACCGUACGAUCCCAGCAUUUGUGGCCCUAGUGAGUCUGUGUCAUUGUACGUUUUGUUCAUGUAAAUAAUUCUCUUCUGAUUGUCCUGUCCAAGGAGCGCAACUCAGUUCUAGGAAGGGGAUUCAAUAGGAAUAGACUAUUUUGAUAUUGUUCAUUUAAGAGGAUGAUCUAUGUGUACAUAUCUAUAUUGUAUAUAUGUGAUGACAAUGGAUUUGGCUUUUUUUUUUUUUUGUUUAUUUUGUUUUUGUUUUUUGUUUUUGUGCAACACUACCUUCCCCCCCGUACUGCUGUUCUACAGUCAGUGUUUUAAUGUUUAUACCUUUUUUGUUAUUGCACGGUUUAAUACAUUUGCUGAAAAAGAUGCAGCGCAAACUCUUGUAAAACUGCGGUGCUGUAUCAUUAUGAAAAGUGUCAUGGGAUUGUUGCUGACGGAUGUGAUAUGCAUGGAAGGCACUUAAAAAAAAAAAACUAAUAAA